AUGGGCUUGUCAGCGUUGCUCUUCAGACGCGGCAUAGUCACCAACCACAACUUUAACACCAACAAGAUUGUCACCAAGCUGGAGAACAAUGGCUUUCUACGCGGACAGGCCGAGAUUGUCAUGCGCAGUAUCAAGGCACUUCUCGGAGGACACACCAACCAGAUCAGGAAGAACAUCCUGACGACUGGCGAUUUGGAGAACGAGUCCUAUCUGUUCAAGGCAGCAUUGACGGAACUCCGGACAGAGCUUCAGAUUCUUCGCAAGAAUGAUGCCGCUGCACUCGCUAUCAGGACAGAAAUUAUUUCACGAGAGAUCGACUCUCUGAACCAGAAGCUGCGAGAGGACAUUGCCAACCUGAAGAACGAUAUUGCGAUCGACAUGAAUAGCCGCAAGAGCGACGUGCGGGAGGAGCAAAAGGCAUUGGAGAUCCGAAUCCAGUCGAUGAGUAACCACUACAUGGCACAGUUGGGCGACAUGAGGACCAAGAUGGAGGCUGCCAAAUGGGAAGCGACUCGCAAGGGAAUGGUGGCCAUCUUUAUUUCGGCAACGUUUGUGCUUUUGACGAGCAGGAUAUUUAUGUCGAGGAAGGAGAAGAUGUCGGACGACUACAUCGACCCCUACAUCAACCACUCCAAUGCCCAAAACACGGACGAUGGCAUGGUUCCGGAUACCUUUGUUGUCUCGCACCGAUCAUGA